UUUUGCGUUUUCGCUGACGGCGAUGUACGAGAGCUGAUGGCGUCCAGCGGCGGCAUGGACGACGAGGAGAAGAAGAAGAAAAAGCUGAAUGAUGACGUCGUCGUGUUUCUCAGGAAGCGUAGUGAGACAGAGACGUCGCCGCGGUACACGGCGAGGUUGAAGGGGUACGUGAACGUGCAGCAGAAGAGGCGGCGAGCGGCCGAGGCGCGCCGGCACGCGACGCGGUCCGAACAGGCCGUGCAGGGCACGAAGAAGCCAGAGUCGAAGGAUAAGAUCGCGAACAACGAGAAUGGAGAGAACCGAAUGCGAAGUCGGUCGUUCUCGCGAUCCGCCGAGCCUGUGGAUAGGUGCAGGCGACGGAGACGCUGUGGCCGCCGCCGUAGAAGCCGUCGACGCCGUCGCCGCCGCCGUCGACGCCGCAGCUGCCGCCGUCGCCGUCGCCGACGCCGCAGCUGCCGUCGCCGCCGUCGUCGAAGCUGCAGCCGCCGCCGUCGCCGGCGCAGCCGCCGCCGAAGACGCCGCCGUAGUCGCCGUCGCAGACGUCGCUGUCGUUGA